GCAACAAAGGAAGAGGCCGAAGCUACUCAAGUGUGCUAACCUAGUCAGUCACAAAGGUGUCACCUUAUUGUGUCAUUGUAUUCGGGGACAUAUCGCACCGGCUUUUUUCUUUUUUUUUAACAAAGUACCAUCCCCGGAGAUUGUAAAUGCGGUCACUGUUCCCGGUCACUCGGCGGCAGAAUAACGGCAAGCAUCAAAUGAAAGGUGGCUGAAGUGGAACUUGACCCAUCCAGGCAAGUCGAGACAACAUUUUCCUGCUCAUAAUGGGUUUGGAGGCUCCACUGUAUGCAUGACUUGUGUGCGACCUGAUGGGAGGAUACUGCGGAUAGUUCUUUCAUCAGGAAAAAAGGAGGGACAUCUCAGGCCCCCCACUUUGGAGGAGGGCCCGUCAGAAUGAAGAAGAUAAGUCUUAAGACCAUUCGGAAGUCCCUGAGCAUAAAGGGCAAAGAGGAGGGCGACUUUGUCAUGCUUCAGCAACCCCCGGUGGCCACAGAGUUCUCCAAGGACGAGUCGCUGUUUGGUGGCUGCUACACCAAAGACCUCUCAGUGUGUGACCUGGGCGGCGAGGAGGACAAAGGUGGCCAGAAUAAAAGCCGCUCAAAGAGCGAGAGCCUGAUGGGGUCGCUGAAGAGGAGAUUGUCCGCCAAGCAGAAGGCGAAGGGCAAAGCCGGCUCCUCAGCCAUUGGCUCGGCAGACGACGAGGACACCUUCUCCUCCUCGUCUGUGCCAAUUAGCUUCAACGAGGUGAAAGCCCAGAGGCCGCUGAGAUCUGCGUCGCUACGGAGUCACCACUACAGCCCCUCGCCGUGGCCUCUGCGGCCAGUCAACUCUGAUGAUGGCUGUAUUAAGAUGGAGGUCAAAGUUAAAGCCAUGGUUCACUCUCCGAGCCCUAGCCCCAACUUAAAUGGCAUUCGAAAGGAAUUUAGCGAUUUUCAGAUGGAUGGACUCUUUCAGGACCAAGCAGAAUCCUUAAAGCAGUCCCAAAAUGGUGAGCUGCAUCUAAAUAUUGAUGAUAAUGAUGUGCCUGUGGUGCUGGGGUUGACGCCCCAAGACUACAUCCAGUACACAAUGCCUUUAGAUGAGGGAAUGUACCCAGAAGGGUCCCACUCCUUCUGUCUGGACAGCUCGUCGCCUAUGGAGGUGGUGGCUGAGCCUGACAGUGGGUCCCCCCUGAUGGACCAGGGACAUGAGGAACACGAAAUGGUAGGCGCUUUGCCUGCAGAUAUUUUUAUAGAAACCUCAGUUAAUAGUCUUCUUAUCGGUUCUGCUGGCGUGAUGCUCCAAAGCUCGAGAGGAGAGGUCCCGCCUCCUCUCUCUCCCCUCCUGCCUCCCAUGACCAGUAACGGACGCAUCCCCAGGACUUUUUCAGGCUUCAGCUCUUCAGACAGCCAAGUUGCUGAGAGAGUUCGACACCACCUCAACUUUGACCCGAAUUCAGCACCCGGGGUCAGCCGAGUGUACGACUCGGUCCAAAGCAGCGGGCCGAUGGUGGUGACCAGCCUGACAGAGGAGCUGAAGAAGCUGGCGAGGCAGGGCUGGUACUGGGGACCAAUCACGCGCUGGGAGGCUGAGGAAAAGCUGAUCAAUUUAGCAGACGGCUCGUUUUUGGUCAGAGACAGCUCGGACGACAGGUACCUGCUUAGCCUGAGUUUCAGGUCACAGGGCAAAACACUUCACACUCGCAUCGAACACUCGAAUGGACGCUUCAGCUUUUACGAGCAGCCGGAUGUGGAGGGACAUACAUCCAUUGUGGACCUGAUUGAACAUUCUAUAAAAGACUCUGAGAACGGUGCUUUUUGUUACUCCAGGUCUCGCUUACCAGGGUCUGCAACCUACCCCGUCAGACUAACUAACCCUGUCUCCCGGUUUAUGCAAGUGCGCUCCCUUCAGUACCUUUGUCGCUUUGUCAUUAGACAGUACACCAGGAUAGACCUGAUCCAGAAACUGCCCUUACCCAACAAGAUGAAAGAUUACCUGCAGGAGAAGCACUACUGAGGACACGCAACAGUGGUGGCAAUUUUGCACUUUUGUGUUCAGUCGAGCGUACACAAGGUUUACACACAAGUAACGUUCGGAGAUGGUUGGUUCUACGCGGAGGGUCCGGUCCAGAGGUCAACGCAACUCACAAACCCCCACAAUGAAGUGCUGACAUGAGUCAUACAUGACAGGUGGUCCUCCGGUUACCAACGAGUUCUGUUCUUAGCCUGUCAAGGAAGUCGGAUCUUGUACCUAAAUUAAGGCACUCACAUUGUACACAACACAUGAAGGUCAUAUAAAAUAUAGUUAUAAAAAGAUGAAAUACAAUAAUGAAAUGAGAACAGUUCAAGGAGUAGGAAGUAGAAGAAACAGGAGAACAAAUAAAACAAUCAACAUAAAGCUCACCUGCGAUACUGAUUCUGGUCUUCCAGACAAGAGUAGACCACUGGACUGCGUAGUUAUUACUGUCACUUUCUUAGGAGCAGAUGCUUUAACAUGCUCAAGGAUACAAUUAUGGCUGCAACUAACGAUUAUUACUUAGUCAAAUUAAUCUGAAGCCUGUUGUUUCGAUUAAUCGAGUGAUCGAUUAGGCCCUAAAUGGAGCAAAUCGAUAUGAACCAAACACAAACAGUUGGUGGUUUGGCCCGCAACAUAUCAGAAAAGAGGCAAAAAUGUCCAUCUGGGUUUUCCAAAGUGAAAGCAGAUGUAUGUGAAUGUCUUGUUUUGCCUAAAACACAAAUAUAAUAGGUCUGCUUUCAUGGACGACUAAGGACUUUUUAAUCACACUUAGGGGCUGAAAUCAGAGGAUAUUUACAUUUUUAAAUAAAAACAAACCGCUGAAUCAAUUAUAAAAAUUGUAAAUUGGAUAAUCAGCGAUUAAUUGUUGCAGCUCUGCGCGUGCUGUAACUAAUUCUCGGGCCGAGUGCCUACGGACCAUGUUUUUCGUUUAUGGGAGUGCUUUUGUAACAACAAAACACCGUAACCCGGGGGCCACCUGCACAUUGCAUUUUGAGGAUUGGAGGGGAAAAAGUCCCUUUCUAGAUUAUAGAUCGACACAUUGUGGUAAAUUUGGUGAAAUUAAGAUCUAAUCAUUGCUUUUAGACGGAGCAGUUGUGAGCAUCAUUAAAACUGUCAAAAGAGAACAGAUUUUCACAUCAACCCGCAUUUGUUGUUGAACAGAUUAUUGGCAAAUGCCAUUUAUUUGCUGUACGUAUUUCCCAUCAUGAACUAAUCUGCUACAGUUGACAUGUGACACGAACCAGAGAAAGCACAUAACUGUACAAGAAUAGACUUGAAGAUGUGAAGAGCCCUCACAAAAACAAACACCGCUGGAAUAUGAAAAUCAUGUUCUGUCAUGAGCGUGACAUGUCCAAGUAGCCACAGUGGUCCAGAAUGUCGGCUUUUUUAAACAAACAAGAAGCUUUAAAUUAGCAUCUGGCUAUAUUACAGUAUAUGCAAGUCAAACGGUACUGAUGAUGCUGGACUUUUUUUUUUUUUUUUUUAAAUGCUGUGCUGUGUUUGGAAACAGCAGUGUGUUCAACAAUUCAUUAUUUGUGAUUCACCUUAAAAAUAAAAUUCCAGACCACACGGAUGCAAAAGCAUAUGCCCAAGUAGGUCUAAUUCUCAUGUCAACAUUUGGUCUUACAGACCAGUGGUUCUCAACUGGUUUGGCUGUGGGACCCACCGUUACCGCUCAGAAACUAGCGGUGACCCAUAUUGUGGAUGUUUUUCAACUUGAAAAUCUCACAUGUCUUAUAUUUAAAGCAGGGGUGUCCAAACCUUUCCCCAUCAUCUAAGAAUGGACUUUGAUAUUUCACAUUUUGUAUAUAUUCCAAGAAAAAACAGCCAGCGUCUCAGCUUUGUGCCGUGGUCGAAAAAGCUUAUUAGUAUAAACUUUUUCUUGCUGUUUUUUUUUAAUUUUCCCCAAAUAUUUCAACAUUUGCAUUUUCUUUUUCUUGUAAUGUUCUGACUUUAUUCCCAUAAAUAUAUUGACUUAAUUCUCGUAAUUUUCCAAAAAAUGUUCUUUUUUUUUUGCUUUGUUUCUCAUCAAAUUACUUUCAAAAAUAUCUUUUCUUUAAUAUUACAACUUUGUACUCAUAAAAUUACACCCCCCCACAAUGACUUUAUUCUCAUAAAAUGACUGCUUUCCUCCCAUUUUUGCUGUUUUUUUCACAUUUUUCAAAUAUUUCAACAUUUACAUUUUCUUUUUCUUGUAAUGUUCUGACUUUAUUCCCAUAAUAUUUUGUCUAUUAUUGUGUUAACUUUUUCCCAACCUAUUUUCCCAAAAAUUGCAACUUUUUUUCAUCAUAUGACGACUUUAGAAAAUAAAAUGUUUUCUUUAAUUUUCCUAUUUUAAUUUUAAAUUUGUUAUAUUUAUUGUCAUCCAGUUACAACUUUUUUUCCUCACAAUAUUAUGACUUUAUUCUCAUAAAUUAAUUUUUUUUUCAGAUUUUUGCUGCCCACGUACCGUGGGCCACACUUUGGACACCCCUGAUUUAAAAGGGCCUGUUUGUGACAAGGUGAGCUUGCAGCAUUGAGAUGCUGUCUCUCUCUUUAUGGCCACUCUUCUCCAGCAGAUAUCUGCAGCUGUGUGUCGGCCGGACAGCAUGUUAAGUCCCCACUCCUCUUCCCGCUCAAGCAAAAAAAAAAAAAAAAAAGUCACCCACACCUCAUGGUGCUGUAGCAAGCAGAAAGAGCCGCGACCCACCAGUUGAGAAUCACUUUUACACUAGCAGACAAUUUCGAUAUUAACCAUGAGCAUAAUAGGUUGAUUUUUGUUUUUUUGCAUAAGGAAUACUAUAUGGUAUGGUAGGAGAGUGAACACCUUUUGCUGUUUGUACGGCGUGUUUUGAACGCUACAACAGGCGACCUCAUUGAGUACGGACGUCACAGCAGAAGGUGAAAAGUCCUGCUGCGUUAGUCUGAAUCUGUACGUUGUGAUGGCAGUAUCUUACCCUUUACCUGGACCCUCAUCCAAUGAAUGUCUCAAAGGAUUUGGGGAAGCCACGGUUGGCGCCACGUCAAGAUCUCGGCUCAUGACGACUCCAUUCCGGCUGCUUGUCAUGAGCAACCAUAAAGGAACGGUUUCGUGUCUUGUAGUUUCUCUAGAGGAAAGGGAAAAGCACAUAGUUCACUACACAAGUGCUUUAUACGGAUACCUUGACAGGGAAUUGUGUUUUCACAUUACAUAUGUGUUUCUCUUUGACACUAGCGUCCUUAAAAGUACUUGGAGACAGAGUUUGGUAGGCCGUGAGAGCAUAGUUGUAGUUAGAAUGAAAUGAUGGUGUCUGAGGAAGUUAACCAGGAGGUGAAUAGUGUUGCAUGUUAAAAGCCUUUUAAAAGCUUGGAGUUGCGUCGGAAUGAAGGAUCUAGGUUAUGCGAAGCUGUGUACUGCGGGUGGUUUCUUCCCGUCAACACCAGUUUGUUUGGAAUCUGAUUUUUAGCGUCAUUUUAGCAAAAGGAAUGUGCUUGUUUGGAUUCGAAUGAGGAAAACAAAGGACAUUUGAAGAAUUAUUCUUGGUUUGCACUUGGAUACUCUGGUUUUACAUCCUGCCAAGAACCGUCCCGCCGCAUGGUAGUCGUUUUUGUUGUUCUGCAUAUUGUGUGCGACGUAGAACACCAGCAUCCUGUCCACUUGGGGGCUCACGAAUGUGAACGAAAGAUGUUUUUUGAUACAACGUUUGACGAGCGGGAACCCUGUGUUGUUGCCCCCCCCCCCCCCCCCCCCUCCCCUCCCCCCCCUGCGCUUAACAAGCGUCACCACUUUUCCGUGCGUCUCCAUGAAUGAAGGCGACUGUUUACGAUGUUAUGUUUUGGAAACGCCCAUCCCUCCCUUGUUCUGUUGACCUCUCUUACGUGAAUAUAUUGGUACAAGACUUUCUUUGUUGUGUGUUCUACACAUUUGUGCUGCUUACAGAAAUGAUUGCCUUUCUUGUGUUUAACAGCGGGGAACUAGAAUGUCACCAAUUUUGAUGUGCACAUGCACACAAUGACUUGUGUUGUCAUCUUGGGAGUCUCAGAGCAACACGUUUGCAAUUUGUUAACCAUAGUUCAGUUGAAAAGAGUAUUAGUAGUGAUUAGUCAACACUCUAGAAUUACUAGUUGGAAGCAGUUUACAUUGGUUGUCCACUUUCCAAAGUAGAUGGCUUUUUGUAAUGUUUUUUCUUUAUCAGCAGUGAUUUAUUGCACAUUUUGGAUACAGUUUAAGAGUUUUUGUAUCUGCCUACUAUAAAUUAUAAAUAAAAAAAAACUAUAUUCUAAAAAGUA